AGUAUAUAAAUAUAAUAACGUCUCAACUCAACCGGUCAAGGCAGAUGGCGUCCACCUAGAGUCCGCUGCUGCUGUAUGUAGUUAUAGUUUUUAAGUGCAUGAUCGCAAACGUGAUCAAUUACGACGUGAGAUACAGUUGAGUUAUGAUUGAAAUAGGGUGGGAUUGAUAAAAAUCAUAUACAUGUUUUUAACAAAGUAUUUUUGUUUUCUUUUUUUCUAUUGUCAUUAUACUAAAUAACUAAGACUCAGUGUUUGCCUAUGGCUGCAGAUUUGUGGUGAUGUGUGUCCAUCCUAACAAUAGUAUAAUCUCACUGAGAAGCUUUUUGUCCAUUUGUUGAGAGUUCAGCCUUUUCAGAGCUAUGAUAUAAACAAUGUUACUUGCUGAAAGGACAAAGAAUCAUCAGCACACACUUUGAUCUAUAUUCCAUUUCCAUGUAAUGGUCCACAAUUUAAAAGUUUUUUCUUAUUAUUUGUUAUUUCAUGUAUGUAAUCUUUGUUCAUUGUAUUUCCAAAUUGUGAUUUUUUUUCCUCUGAUCUGGCAUGUCUCAGGUAGGGGUUGAAAUUGAAAUAGUCUUUGUAUUUUUACAAAACCUGUGCAACAUCAUUAUCCUGAAACCAUUUACAGUGCUUUCCUCUUGUGAUAUGAAUCUUAUUUUCUUUCUUGCAAUAUUUGUCUUUCUAUUUUGACAGCUCAAGUGUAAGGGCACUUUCCAGGCACUGCAGAGGCAGACAUAAAGGCCUGCAUGGCUCAGAAGCUUAAAGACCUGAGGGUUAAAAGCCGGAGUCAGGGAGCGAGAGAGAGAGAAAGAGGAAGAGGAAGGAAUGUUAACUUAAAUCAUCGUCAGCUUCCUGAUUGAUCAGACAGACAUACAGAGGCAAUUCUCUGACAGUUUGAUGAUUUUCUGCAUCAGGAUCAAACUCAGAAUGAAUAUCCACCAUGUUCUGUUCUUCUGCUUCUUAUCAGCACUGCAGGAUGGAAACACUGGACUCGUCAAUGCAAUAAGUGUUUAUGCUGGAGCUGAAGGAGGAAAUGGUUCAAUUAUUUGCUCCUUGACUUCAUCUGGAAGCACCAAGUUCUUCUGUAAAGGAGAAUGUAAAGAAGAAGACAUUCUCAUUAAAACAGAUGGUGUCACAGCUCAGAGUGGCAGAUACAGCAUCAGCUAUGAAGACGGAUCUUCUGGAAGAAGAACUGUGACUGUGACCUUCACACAGCUGACCAAGUCAGACUCAGGACGGUACACAUGUGGUUUGGGUGGAUCUUCAGUCCCAGAUGCUUACCGUGACUUUGACGUCAUAGUUACAGAUGCAGCAACGUUGGGUGAAAACACUCAUUUCAUCCGUGCAGGAACUGUGGGAGGAAAUAUCACAUCUGGAUGCCUCAAUACUGUCAAUGGAAGCAGGAAGUUCUUCUGUAAGGAUGAAUGUAAAAAAGAAGAAGACAUCCUGGUUAAAACAGAAGAGAACAGAGCUCAGAAUGGCAGAUACAGCAUUGAAUAUAGAGAAGGAUCUACAUAUGGACUGUAUUUGACCAUCACACAGCUGAAGAAGUCAGACACAGGACGGUACAGGUGUGGUUACGGCAGAGCUUUGUCUCCAGAUUCAUCCAACACGUUCCAGAUCUUUGUUGUAGAUGCUCCAACCACUUCAAAACCAAACUGGACUCUCCGACCUUUUCCAACAUCAGUCCCAUCAGCCUCCACACCAACAACAACACAGAGUUUAAUCUCCAGUUCAGGAAGCUUCACACCUUCAUCAUCUUUCCCUGAAACCACAGAGCAGUUUACAGCCUGCAAGUACCCUGUGACACACCAGCAUCUAAAAAAAAUAAACUUUUCUUACUCACAUCACGGACCUCGAACUGCUCCUCAACACUUCGGACGAGGACUUGUUAGACGUCCCGGAGAUGUCCCCUGGCGUCCGAUCUUUCCGGCAGCCUCGCCUGCGCUCCUCGGUCUCCCUCAUCCCGGCUCCUCAGCCCCCAUCCCGGCUCCUCGGCCCCCAUCCUCCGUCAAUGACAUUAUCAUCGAGCCCUCGCUCCCCAGCGGCUCCAGGGGAAGGUCCCGUACUCGGCGUCUGAAGGAAGUCACUCAUUCCCGACGCUCACUCCAGCCUCGCUCGAGAUCCCAGAGCCCGCCCAAGAGGACUAGCCGCCACGUGCAGCGCUCUCCUCGCCACAAGCGCACUGACCGCUCCUCGGUCCCAAACAUGUCCGAGUGGACCGUCGCUCGCUUAAAUGAUAGUAUACUGCGGCAGAGGCUGGGUUCCCGGCGUUGUGCGCGUGACGAUGUCCGUGACGUCAUGGCACGUCGCUCUGCCAGACGCACACCUUCCUCCUCAGCCACCUCAGCCUCUCCAGUACAGGCUGCUUCAAACCGUAUGCAGGCUCUCUCUGCUCCACAGCCAUUUCUUCCUCCUACUUUCUCUUCAUCCACACUUACAUCCCACACAUAUACAUCCCACCACCCCAGCAUCCCUUCCUCCUCUCUGGCUCCUAUCUCUGCUGCCCCUUCCCUCCCGGCCACCUCAGCUGCUCCUCCACCCGUACCAACCAUGGCAGCCACUCAGACAGCACCAACAAUAGCGGGCCCCAGCAGCUCCACAAGUUAUACCCAACCUUUUCCCCCUCUUUCUUCUUUUCACCCUCCUUAUCCCCCCCCCCCCACGACCCGCACACUAGCAUUACCUGUACUACAGCACCUGCACCUCCUUAUCCAACGGCCUUACACACGGCCAGCCUCGGCCUUUUCCUGGCUCCCGCACCUCCAUCCAGCGGCUACAUCCUGGCACCACCCAGCCACCAGUGCGCCCCCUAGCAUCCGCCCAGCCCUCACCUGUGUCGCCCACCGUCAGGCAGCAGAUCCUAACUGCUGCCGGCCGCUUCCAACAGUUCAACCAGGGCACGUACUGGGGAAUACUGGACCACGAGCUCUACUGCCGAGUUUUCGCAGCUCGCGCUUCUCUGUACUGCGAAAUGUGCGGCGCCCCUUCCCAUCCCGCUGCAGCAUGCCCCCCUGCCCUGCGCCUCGGUAACAGACAAGCGAAGCCCAGCCAUGCCAUACAGCUUGCCAUUGGCGGCUCCUCCACUAUCCAUCACCCCCAAACCUGCCAUAGAUCACCUGUCCAUCCUUGGCCCCCUACCUAAAGGCACGGACAGGAGAGGGAGAUCUGUCCUCUACUAGGGAGGACGGAUGAUCUGCAAUAACUUCAACGACCUCGGUUGCAGCUCCUCCAGCUGCAAAUUCCUCCACACUCGUUCAUUCUGCGGAGGAGCCCACGCCAGAGCCACAUGCCUACACAACCCGACAAAGCAACAGCUGUGUAAGUAUCUCAAUACCCCCAAUGCUCUAGCCACCGCCCUACAAAACCAUCCAGACACCCAGUUCGUCAACUUCCUCAUUCAGGGCUUCACCUACGGUUUCCACCCGGGUCAUACCAGAGUCCACUCACAUAUGCAACAACUUGCAAUCAGCCCUGUCUGAACCCUCCACAUUCGAUAGACUACUGCAAAAAUUAAUAUUAUUACAUUAAUAUUUCCUCCAGGCUGUCGAAGUUGUUUAACCUCAACUACACCCCUCUGCUGAAAAACAUAGAAGAUGAUUUUAAACGCUGGACCAAGUUACCACUUACCAUUAUUGGACGCAUUGCAACAGUUAAAAUGAAAACCCUUCCACAAAUCAACUACCAAUUUUCAUUACUUCCCAUUACCCCCACUGACAACUGGUUUCAAACUUUAAACUCUUUAACAACUCAAUUCUAAUGGAGAAAUAAAAAACCAAGAAUCUCACUUUCAACAUUACAGAGCACAAAAUCACAGGGCGGCCUAGAAGCACCAAACUUCCUUCAUUACUUCUUGUCAAAUCAGCUACAAUAUCCACUCAAAUGGAUCCAUAAAGAUAAUUACAGUAUACCAUGGUUACAGAUAGAACAAAAUCAAUGUAAAACCACUUCACUCACAGACCUCCCAUUCCUACCACAAUCAAUCAAGAAACAGGACUACUACAAGAACAUCACAAUCUCCUCAACUCUGACAGCCUGGUGGAAAGCCCACAAAAUCACCAAAUCAUCACUGGCACUAUGUAGGUUCACCCCGAUUUGGCACAAUCCGGACUUCCAACUGUACAACACUUCUGUUCACUUUCCAUCAUGGCACCAAAAAGGAAUCACUCACCUCCACCACUUA